AUGGACACUCGUCGCUUCACGAUGAAUCCGUUCAAACCACUGCAGUUGACACCGGACGACUGCAGCAAACUCGUAGCCAUUACGGAUGCCCUCGUGCUAGAAAAGUUUGAAGAAUAUGAAGAGUACUUGGCGUUUAACAAACAAGUGGACCUCACGCGGUGGAAAAAGCAUACCAAGUCGGGACCAACGACGACGUACCUCGAGCGCAAGUCGUCGCGUCCGGAUACCAAGUUGCCCCAGUUGCUCAUGACGGGUCCACUGCCUGGGUCCCUCGAUGAAAAUAUGUUUGGCAUCGUGAACCCGACGAUUGAAGCCAUGCGGAUCAAGUCGUCGUACCUGAACGACUUUAAUGCGGCAGCCAUGCUCGCGUCGGUGAUUGAGCCAACGGUCGAUGACCCGUUUCGGUCCGUAGUGGUCAAGUGGAUGGAAAUCGACAUCCCGUUUGCUUCGCUCGGCCUUGUUCGCAAUCGCGACUAUGUCUACAUUGAAAGCACGGGCAUCCUCUGUCUCAAGAACGGCGAGCGCGUGGGGUACCACUUGUUCCACUCGGCCAACUUCCCCGAAGCGCAUGAACUGCCCAACCGCGUCCGGGGUCACAUGUCGUUUGUUGGCAUUUUCCAUCAAGAGUCACCCGAUCGAACUGACUGUCGGGGCACGGGGAUCAUGGACCCCGGCGGUGACAUGAUCCGGACCAUGGCGGUCAUGGGCUUGGUCCACGCUACAAUGGCGGGGCUCAAGUAUUCCUACUGCGGUCAGAUGAAAAAGCUCACGUGGCAGCUGGAAGAGAAGCAAAGGGCUGCUCGGAAAGCUGGGAUCCCCGCGUGCCAACCCAUUUGCGUCACGUGUCAAAAGGCCGUCAAGAACUCGCGACUCGGUGGUCGCAUCAAGACGUGCAAACUGUGCUUCCACGCCGUGUGCAGCUCGUGCCAGAUUACCAAGAAACUGAGCUUUAUUGCACCGGACUUGGCACUCGCGCAGCGCAAAGUCACGUUCUGCGUCCAGUGUAUCGUUGAAGCCACGCAGAUUGACACGCAAGAAGCUGCUCGCGAACAGUUUGUCUACCAAAAGGCCGUCCAGCCGCCCAUGUAUAGCCUGUCGAUUGUGUCGGGAAUGAGCACGGGCUCGGAGAGCACCUUCAGUACGCGAGAAACGAACGUCUAA